AUGGGCCGAAAAAUCAAUGGAAGAAAUUGUUUUGUCUCGCGUACGCCGUCGUUUGUUCGCUCUGAAGCACGGCGUAAUACGAAAUUACUUCCUCGACAAUACUCUGGUACUGAUAUCAGCCAAUGCUCUAUACAGGAUUCAGAUUCAAGUAGCGUCUCUCAUCCGCCCUCGUAUAUUCGCCCUGAAGCACGGCGUUUUCCGAAUUUACCUCCUCGACAAUACUCCGGUACUGAUAUCAGCCGAUGUUGCCCACAAGAUUCGGUUUUAAGUUGCUGUUGUCCUCCACGUCCAAAAAGGAAUUGCAAUCGUGGAAGACCUCGUCAAACCCGAUGUGAGAGGCCUUUCGCACCUGCGGCUCAAUGCGUCACAGAGCCCAUUGAGGAGUGUGAUGAUCAAUAUAUUUGUAACAGCCAACCCUGUACAAGCAAUCCCAUGGCUAAUUUUGAUUUGGAUCGAUUCGAUCGCGAUACUUGCCCGGGUGGCAGCGGAUAUGGACGUCGACGAAAUGUCACCAUACGGACAUGCGUUGACUACGACUAUGAGCCCGGUUGCCAACCUACGCCAUCACGUGGAUGUUCAGUUCGUCCUUCAACUGUAUGUCGAAGGCCUGAACCUCCAUCCUGCGAUACGUCUGAAUAUGAAGAUGAAGAAUGCACCGAAUAUGUUCCAUGCCCUUAUCGUCGUUGUUAGCCAACAUCAUUUUAAAG